AUGACCGGAUAUGAUCCAGUAUUGAAGGACAAUGUUCGGGAAAUUACUUUAUACGAUAUCUCCUCCACUUGGACUCAGCUCGAAUUUCUCCAGCAUCUUGAGAAAUGGAAUCAAGGAGUCUGGACCGCUCCUUUAGGAGGUUUUCCUGUCCGAUGGUAUCCUGCUAACUGGAAUCUUCAACAAAGAAAGGAAAAAGAACGAUUUCAGGCUGUGGUGAAAGAUUUACCUGGAACUGUCAUCAACUUAUUAAUGCUAUACCCUUCAGACCCUUCCCAAUCACCUAUCUCACAUUUGGAAUGCAAAGCUUUUAAGGUGGUUCAGGAAAAAUGUACCCGCAAGCUCAUCAUGUAUUACAAAAAUUGGGCAGAUUUGGAUAAAAUCACGAAUACCAAGUUGAACUUGCAUGAAUAUGAAGGUGUUUGGACUAGAUACUUUUCCCCUCAACUAUCUAAAAGUCGUAAUCAAUAA